GCCCAUAAAUCUCUCUCUCCCUCUCCGUCUCCGUCUGCGUCUCUUUCUCUGUCUGCGUCCUUUCUCUCGAGUCUCUCCAACUGCAACUCUCUCUCUUUCCGACUCCUUCGUCUCUUUGUUUGCGUCCUUUCUCUUUAGCCUUUCCACUGCAACUCUCUCUUUUCCUCUCUCUCUCUCUACCCUUUAUAGUUUCUCUCAGUCCACCACCAUGGGCAACUGCAACGGCCACCCUCUCCCAACUGCCGCGACCACCACUAAUAACAACGGCAUCAACAUCACGCCCUCCGAACCGCAGGAAGCACGACAACCACCAGCACCGCCACGGCCGCCAGAAGAUGGGGAAGCAGGGCCGCCACCACCGGCACCGCUAGGGCGAGUGCUGGGGCGGCCAAUGGAGGACAUUCGAUCCCUGUAUGAGUUUGGCCGUGAGCUUGGGAGGGGCCAGUUCGGGGUGACGUACCAGGUGACAGACAGGAGGACCGGCGAGCGGCUCGCCUGCAAGUGCAUCGACACCAGGAAACUAAGAACCCGCGACGACAUGGACGACGUCCGCCGGGAGGUGCAGAUCAUGCACCACCUGACCGGUCACCGGAACAUUGUCGAGCUCCGGGGUGCCUAUGAGGACCGUCAUCGCGUCAGUCUCGUCAUGGAGCUCUGCGAGGGAGGGGAGCUCUUCGAUCGCAUAGUCGCCAGGGGUCACUAUUCCGAGCGCGCAGCGGCGGCGCUCUUCAGGGAAAUCGUCACCGUCAUCCGGGACUGCCACUCCAUGGGGGUGAUGCACCGAGAUCUCAAGCCCGAGAACUGCCUGUUCCUCAGUAAGGACGAGAAUUCGCCCCUCAAGGCUACAGAUUUCGGCCUCUCCGUAUUCUUCAAGCAAGGAGACGUAUUCAGGGACCUGGUUGGAAGUGCAUAUUAUGUGGCUCCUGAAGUUCUCCGCCGCCAUUAUAGUGCAGAAGCUGAUAUCUGGAGUGCUGGGGUAAUCCUAUAUAUUCUUCUUAGUGGUGUGCCACCUUUCUGGGGAGAAACGGAGAAAGGUAUAUUUGAUGCUAUUGAGCGUGGCUCUGUUGAUUUCUCGGAUGACCCUUGGCCUUCCAUAUCUAGAGAUGCCAUAGACCUAAUAAAGAAGAUGCUCAAGGCAAAUCCCAAAGAAAGGCUAUCUGCGACUGAAGUUCUGAAUCAUCCGUGGAUCAAGGAAGAUGGUGUAGCACCCGACCAACCAAUUGACAUAGCUGUUCUAUCUAGAAUGAAGCAAUUUCAUGCAAUGAAUAAGCUUAAAAAAGUUGCUCUGAAGGUGAUUGCAGAAAGACUCUCUGAAGAAGAAAUAAUGGGCUUGAAAGAGAUGUUCAAAAGUAUGGAUACGGAUAACAGUGGAACCAUUACUUUUGAAGAGUUAAAAGCUGGCCUUCCUAAGUUAGGCACCAGGAUUUCUGAAUCUGAAGUUAGACAGUUGAUGGAAGCGGCUGAUGUCGAUGGUGAUGGAACUAUAGACUAUAUUGAAUUCAUAACAGCAACCAUGCACAUGAACAGAAUGGACAAAGAAGACCGCCUUUUUAAAGCUUUUCAGUAUUUUGACAAGGAUGGAAGCGGAUACAUCACAAGUGAAGAGUUGCAACAAGCCCUGGAGCAGUACAAUAUGGGAGAUAAAAAUGCAAUACGUGAAAUUAUAGCAGAAGUUGACACGGACCAUGAUGGCAGGAUCAAUUACGACGAGUUCGUGGCCAUGAUGAGGAAAGGAACUGAGGAUGUAAUUCCCAACAAGCGCCUGAGUGUAAUAGUGGGUGCUCCAAGGCGUAGAGCUUUCAUGGCAGCGUAAUGUAUUUGCCGUUGUAACUUCGUUUCGUCGACGCCUUUUGCGGCGACUGGUGCUUGUACACUUUGAUGCUCUCAUAAACUAUGGUCACAUGGCUCAUUUAUCAUUUGUAAUAUUGCCGUUUACUAAGAUCCCUGUCUCUGGGACUUGUGUCUAUUUGUAACAUUGCCCGUAUCGUCUUUUUUAACGACGGAAGGGACGCAAUUUGUGGUGUGAUAAUUUUUUUUUCCCUUUCUCCCUUCAUUCGAGGGCGAGAAACUCAUGUUGUGAUAAUGGGCACGGAUAGGCCAUUCAGUUGCCAAUCCAUCCAAUUCACGGGCGAACGCAGUGUUGUGGCUUGUCAUACAUUUAUUUUUUGUUUUUGAUAUUUAUCUAUCAUUUUAUUUA